UUCGUUAAAAAUACACGGCUAAGCUGAACUGUCAUUGUCAGAUUCAGUGUCAGUGUCAGUAUGAGGAAGAACUUCCUAGUUUUCGUAUAUAAGAACAGAAUUUUCAAUAAAUCAUCAGUACAAUCAUUCAUAACUUCAAUCAACGAACAUUGUUUUCUACUAAAGAAUUCAACAAUUUGAAAAAUGUUUAAAUUCACCGCAAUUGUAGUUUUGGCUUUCGCCAUUUGUGUAGCAGCCGAUCCUAUUCGUCAGAAACCCCUAAGAAGACGAGUAUCGGCUCGUCAACAAGUGCUGCCAACACCAGCACCUACUGGAUAUCCGACAGCUGGCGUUACACCCGAAAUACCAUUCGAAUUACCCACCGAAACUGAAAAACCAGAAAUCGUAACACAACAACCGGAUGAAGUUUAUGGUCCACCAGAAGUUGAUGCCCAACAGCCUGAUGAAGUUUACGGCCCACCCGAAUCCGAAACCCAACAACCUGAUGAAGUUUAUGGUCCUCCAGAAGCUGAAGCACAACAACCUGAUGAAGUUUACGGUCCCCCAGAAUCCCAAACUGUACAACCUGAUGAUGUUUAUGGCCCACCCGAAACUGAUGCCGUUCCCGAGAUAAUUGAAGAAGUAGCCGAAGAAACUGAAGAUGAAACCGAAGAAUUGGCUGAAGAUUUAGAGGAAGUUGAUGAAGAAAUCAUCGUUGAUGAAAAUGGUGCUGUGAUUUCCGUCUCUAAUACAUUUGAAAAGCCAGCCCGCUUGGUCUAUCAACGUUUCCCACAAAGGCGUCAACCUCCAACUGCGGUACCCGCUCGUUUGACCAAAGUCAAAGUUAUCAAGCCAGCAAAUUUCGUAUAUACAGCUAGAUUUCAAACCUUUCCAAAGAACUAA